AUGUGCCACUAUGAAAGAACUGACUUUCAAUGCGGCGAUUUCCGAUGGGGGAAUAUGAAAGAUCGUUGUGAUCGACAGAAACGCAUCGGGGAGACUUGUCCCGCGACUCUUCUCGACCAUAACAAUCUGACAAAAGUCAUUGGUUACUGCAAGGUAUGCCAGCAAAUCGCUGUUAAAAGGAGGAAACUACAGAGAGAAGAAAACAAUAUUAGAAGAUGGCAUUCUGAGGGCAAUAAAUUACCUCUUAUGAUGGACAAGGCGGUGAAAACUACAGAAAAACUCCGAGAAGAAAUUAUUAAACUCCACAACAAGCGGACAUCAGUUCAGUUGAGUCCUAAAGCAGGCUAU